CGCCCGCAGUCUCUUCUCAUUUCAGUGCCUUAAUCAAGCCCUUCCAACCAAUUUGCUGGUAUGCAGUUCUUUGCAUGGUCCUUGGCAUGACCUUUACAGCAAUCAUUGUGAACAACGUGCUGUUGGACCAAGACCACAAUCCUGACAUCCCAGACUCUCUCCAAUUUGAAAGCUCAAGCCAGAAGAAAAUCGAAUUAAACUGUAGCCAAACAAUGACGAGCUGGAUAAAAGCCUGGGCCGUGAGUUCAAGAAAAGGGAGGAAUAAGCUGAGUAGUGCAGGCAUUGGGAGAGAUCACUGGAACGUGUCUGACUGCUUUAUGUGGUCCAUGACCGCAAUGUCCCUUCGCGGAUUCUACAAGCUACCAAUAGAAAGUUCCCUAAGAAUUGUCAUGAUAGUUGGGAGUUUGGCAGGAAUUGUACUAUUUGCAGCAUACUCUGGGACCUUGGUCUCUUUCCUGUCAGUUGUGAUUGAUCCAAUCAAUAACAUUGGACAACUGUUGGCGACGGAUUUUACAUUUGUCGUCGUUGAUUACGAGUUGCCCUUAAAGUUUUUGUCAGAGUCACCGGAUGCGAAGGGUGUCAUGUUGUUCAAACGGAGACGGACGGAUAAGAGUUACCCUUCCAUGAAGGAGGCGAGAGAGGAAAUGAACAGAGGCCGCUUUGUCUUUGUGACUGACCAUGCCGGAGCUUACGAGAGUCUCACGACCGACUUUUCAACGCUGGAGGCAUGUCGAAUACGAGAGAUUGAGGUUGAAAAUGGCAGACAAAAGCAGGGAACCUUGGUUCAGAGAAACUCUCCCUACAAAAGAAUUAUUGAUUACCAGUAUGUUUACAAAAAUGCAUUGCAUACAACAUUCUACCCAUGCUUGCAAUUUCGUAAUUCUCUCCUCAUUUUCAGAAUUUUGAAAACUGUACAGUUUGGCCUUGUGAGUCGGUGGAGCAAAAAAUUUCUCAAAAAGAAGUCAGUGUGCGAAGAUGCAUCCGAGUAUGAAGGGGUGGAAAUUGGGAGUUCUUCUUUAGCAUUCAGCAUCCUGCUUGGCUUUGGAUGGAUAGCUGGAUGGGCUGGCCUUUUAUUUGAAGUUUGGUCACGCAGGAGAAUCAAUCAAUCGAAUAAUUGUGCCAAUGAAGGAUUCGUUUUGUAACUUAUAUAUUGCUAAC